GAUAGAUACAAUAUUCACAGUCAAGUUGAGCAUUUACAAUCCAAAUACGUUGGUACAGGCCAUGCAGACACGACCAAAUACGAAUGGAUGAAUAACCAGCAUCGAGAUACUUAUGCCUCUUUUAUUGGUCAUCAUGAUCUGUUAUCAUAUUUCGCCUUGGUAGAUAAUGAAUCUCGCGAACGUAUAAGAUUUGUCAUGCUACAGAAAAUGUUACAGCCAUGUGGGCCACCGCCGGAAAAGCUAGAAACCGAAUAG